AAUUUAUUAAAAUAUUUCAUAGAUGUUAUAUUUAUUAUUUUAUUUUUAUAUAUUUCAUUUUUAUUAGAUUUAUCCUUUCUAUUUUAUUUAUAUUGAUCUAGUUUUUAUCGCAAGUAUUUUACUUCAUUAUUAUGUCGGUUAACAGCCGGACUAAAUGGAAGCAAAUAAAGAUGAAUCAAUAAAAUGCUUUAAAAUGGCAAAAACGGCGUUUUCGCGCCAAGAUUAUCAAAAGGCGUUGAAAUUUGCCACCAAAGCCAAUAACAUGUUCCCAUCACAGGAAUAUCAAGCCUUUAUUGAAAAAUGCGUUAAACUCGCACAAAACUCUCCAAAUGAUACACCUAACAAUUCUAAUGAUUUGCCAAAUAAUUCCAAUGAUAUACCAAUGAAUGAUUCGAGUAGUCGUAACGCUACAGAGGAGCAGGAAAGUCUGUGCCGUAAAAUCGUAAAGUCAAAGAACUAUUAUGAAAUACUGCAAGUCCAGAAAACUGAUUCAGUUGAGAAAAUUAAAAAAAGCUACAAAAAAUUAGCAUUGAAAUUACAUCCGGAUAAGAACCCGUCGCCAUUGGCUUCUGAGGCGUUUAAGAAGGUGUCAACUGCAUUUCAGUGCCUCACGAACCCUAAGGCGAGGGAAGAGUAUGACCUAUACGGGGAUGAAGAACGCGUAGUUAACCACCAGCGCUACCAGCAAGAGUUCGUUACCCCUGAACAACUUUUCGAAGCAUUUUUCGGAAUUCAUCAACGUGGCAACGUAUUUCACUUCUCUACACGGCCAAAUACUGCUGGUGGUAAUAACAGGAGAACUGGAGUGAUGCAAUUCAUGCCUUUAUUAGUAUUGAUGAUAUUUAUGCUGAUCAUUAAUUUGUUUUCGAGAAGUCCUCAGCUGUAUCAAUUUGAGAAGAGUACAAAGUUUGGGAAAAUGCAGUCGACGAGCAUAAAUGGAGUAGUGUACUAUGUAGACGCUCGUACAUUUGAUCGAAUGUACCCUAACAACACACCUCAACGGAUUAAAGUUGACUUUGAAGUUGAGUACAAGUAUUACGAAAACAAAUGUAAUGACAGUAAGAGAGAGAACCAGAGACAAAUUUACUCCUAUUUGUCUUCCUUUAGAAAUCCUCCUGCAGAACUCUACGAAACACCCAAAAGCUGUAAAAUACUCAAUGAUCUCAGGCAUUCCUACUCCAAGCUGUUGCAAAAAUAUGAAUUUUAAUCUUCCUGUCCCAUUAUA